AUUUUAUACAUAUUACUCACACCAAUUCGAGGAUUAAAGGAUUGCAAAGUUAUCAACAACCAUCGCAGAUUAGAUGUUAUCAAUACUCCAUCCGUGUCUAUUCAGUCUACUUUUUACAAAUACUAAUCCCAUGUGCGUGUUGUGUGUUGUGAGUGAUCUCUAAAAACAUAAAAUGAUGUCAUCAGAAACGAGGCGGAGGUUCUUCCAUGUGUCCGAGGUGGUAUUCCAGCAAGUUUUGGCAGUAUUUGUCUUAUUGAUACUAUGGGAGGUGUUCAAGUUUAAUAAUUUGAAUAGUCUACAUACAUGGCAUGUCAUCAUGUGUGUUUUGGGUGUAGCGCUGUGUAUGGCGGAGGGAGUGCAGUUUUACAGGAAAGAAACCAUAGUAACAUUUGGAAGUACGCGAGAAUCUAAAGUUUUCGGACAUGGAGCUGUUAUGGGGUUGGCUUUCAUCAUGAUACUCAUCGGAGUUUCUUUGAAAAUACAAGAUAAAAUCAAUAAUCAUCGGGAUCACUUCGCUACGACACACUCACAACUUGGUUUGUCAACCUGGAUCAUCGCCUUCAUAGCAGUCUUAGGUGGAUUGGCCUCAGCCAACAUUCUUAGGUUCUCUUCUAUCGGAAAGCCAAGACUCAUUAAACUGAUCCACCUUCUGAUCGGAGUAACAGCGUACAUUCUAGGCAUAGUUACUUUAGGAUACGGCAUCGCCUACCUGGGAGUCCCAGAAAAUGGAAGGACCUUCCUCAUAGUCUUGAUGGCUAUUUAUGUGGCUUACAGUCUGAUAGGACCGUGUUUGUCAGUGUACAAUUUUAUCAAAGAUUAGCUUCGAUAAUAUAUUGAUAGGAUCAACUGUUUUGUAUUUAUAAUUUGAUAUAUUUUAUAUACAGAUUUAGUUUAAAAUGUGUAAGAAGAUUAAAUUGAUAAUUUAAGUAACUCCCGAAAUUGUUCUGGCGGAUUAAUGAGUGCAAUCUAAAGUGUCUAGGUUUUGAUUAUUAAAAAAAGUGGUUAAUCGAGAAAUACCCUGUAAGUAUAAGAACUUAAGGAAUUUCAGAAAAUCUAUUAUCAUGGCAAGCAUUCAUUGUGAAAAAAGUGGCUAAUCAAGGAAUAACCUAACCUGUAUGUAUAAGAUAUAUGCCAUCUUUGAAAUUGAACAGGGUGGCCCACUAAGAAUGCGAGGUACUGUAUCAGAAAACCCGUCCAUCAUAGAGGCUUGCGGCAAAAAAAAUUCUUACUAAAACGGCCAAGAGAUCUGGAAAAUAUUUUCUAGUUUCUAAAAUGGCCGCUAGGGAGCGUAACUGCAAUCUUAAAACUAAGAAAGUGAUGGUUUUGUCAAUUCCGCUAUAUUAACGUAACCAAAAAUUACCUGAUCUUUAAAGUCGAGGAUAAUGUGAACUUUUGUUUAACAAUUUUUGCUGUAUCUCUAAAAAAAAGUGGUGAGGGGUAUGCAAAGGUUUCCGUAAAAAACUUGAGCUAGUUCUAGGGCUACAAAUUUAAGUG